AAUCGCGUUUACAUCUUUUUACUAGGAGAAAGCUGGAGAUUCUCAGAAACGUGUAAAUAUUUUACGAGCGCUUUGAAACUUUUAAUAUUGUAAAUAAACAUGUAAAUAAAAGAAUAAAUAAAUAAUUACAAUAUUGAUGACAUUAUACAACUUUGUCGAAGGAUCUUCGUUUGAAAUUUAAUGUUUUAAAGAGGUUAAGGUAACGGAAAGUGACAACAAUGUAAGAUUUAAUAAUAAGUUAAAUCUGUUACAUUGUGAACCGGCGACAUAACCUAUUUCAGUUUACAUGUUUAAUAAAUUUCAAAUUCAUAACAUUAUACUCUUACUUAAAGACCAAAAAUCGAAACUUUAAUGGCUUUUUCACAAUCGAAUUCGAGAGAAUUACAAAACAGAAAAAUCUUGGAAGAAUUGCAAUUGAAAAAACAAAUGCUUUUAAAACAAGGCGUGGCACCAACAUUAAGCACAUCAUUAGCUGUUACACCAACAGGUUCGCCUUCUAAUUUGCCUCCUACACAACCCUCUGAUGGUGUUGUAAUGAGUGCAUCCCAAAGAGCUGCCUUACAUAAUGCAAAUGCAGCGUCAUCAGGUUAUUUUGUGACACAGGAUUCUUCUUUUGGUAAUCUUAUCUUACCAGUUCUUCCAAGAUUUGAUACUAAAUAACAAAAUUAA